GCUAAAGUGGCUCCAGGUUACACUAGGCAGUGUGGGACGCUCAGCAUCGUGGCCCGCGCCUUCCAUCCUCGGCGUGACUAGGGUCCCCCGGCUUCCCAACUGCCAGUCUUGUAGCUCUGUGCCCGAGAGGACAGAAGAGGCCAAAGAAAACAUGAGCAUUCUGUUGAUUGUCCUGGGCGGUGUUCUGUUUGCUUUUCUCUUACUCUUCUUGAAAAUCCGCUUUCAGAGCAGCGUUCAUGAAGUGUCAUCAAAUUCGACUUCUCUUGCACUAGUAAGAGCAACCUCUUCUACUGUGUCAACUAGGAGCAAUACUGAUAAGAAUCUGUCAGUCAACAGCUGCUCUCAGGAUUUAAUUAAUUAUCCACGCAUGAUAACCAUGCUGAAGCGAAUAUUGGUAAACCUCAGUAUCCUGGAAUACAAGCUGGCUGAAUUGGAGUAUUUGCUAAUUAUCAAGAUUUUAAAUGGUACAUUAGCUAACUGA